UAAUAAUUAAAAAUAAAAAAUUUAGCGUCGUUCGUUCCGGUGGAGACGAGAGGGAGAAGGGAAGAGAUGGCUCUCGUUCGUUAAUUCCCCUCCGGAGACUCCGGUGAGAAAAAAAAGUUACAUCGAGAAAAUUCGUUCCUAUCUAUCACUCACUCUCAUCAAUCCACGAGUUAUCACCUCCUUCUCUCCUUCAAUCUCUCAUCGUUUCUCGUUUUUCUCUUCGAUAUUACCGGAAGAAUCCGAGAAUUUUUUUUUUGGGAUCAGAUCUAAUUAUUAGAUUUGCAAUAGAGCAAUGCUCACGGAUCGAGGGAGGCGGGUUUCUAUUUGCAAUGCGAGUUUAAAAUUCCGUGGUGAUUUUAAUGGUUACGGAUUCGUAGAUCUCUCUGAAGGUUGCCGUGAUUGGAGUCCUUCGAGCAGAUCAUCAUCAUCAUCAUCUGUUUCCAAGAUUCUGCGUAUCUCGUCACCCACCUCGUCUCCACCUUCUGCUACCACUCCUACCGGCGCUGGUUAUAUCGAACACGAGGUCUCCAAGCUUGAUACUCUCGCUGGCAUUGCCAUCAAAUACGGCGUUGAGGUUGCAGAUAUUACGAAGCUGAAUGGGCUUGUGACUGAUCUUCAGAUGUUUGCUCUCAAGUCUCUCCGGAUUCCAUUACCUGGCAGACAUCCUCCUUCUCCCUGCUUAUCUAACGGCUCUCUUAAUCUUGGAGAGGGGUGUUCCGAGCAAGCUUCAUCGUCAGCAAGCAAUGGCAACCACCAAGACUUAUUAUUUGACUCCUUCCAGUCUUUGAAAUUGAAGCCUUCAGAAAAGAAGGUUUCUCCAGCCAUGAACUCCUUGCAAGGUUACUAUGGAUUGAAACCAAAAAACAGAAGAGCUUCUGAAGGUUUUGAUAUGGGACUGUACAAGAAGAAAGAGUCUUGUCAUCUCCAAGACAAUGAUCAGUACCUAACUCCUUUACCAGCCACCAAUACUCCCUUAAGUCACCACAGAAAAUCAAGAAGCUUGGUAGGUGCAGUCCUCGCCGAGGUCAACCAAUCACCAAACUAUUUAAAGGCAGGAGAAGUGGAUUCUGAUAGGCCAAUGAGAAGACGCCAAAAAUCUGAAGCCGAUUUUAAUUCACGAGCUCCAGAACUGCUUUUGAAAGAGGAUAACAGAAGUGGUGUAUUUUCUGCAAUAGCUGGCAAAGGUUUAGCACUGAGAUCCAAAGCAUCAAGCAGAACUAACUUAUCAGCAGAUACUGAGACCGGUAAUGUCAAUUCCACACCGAUCAAUUUAAUGGAUGCUCCUGUGGGAGACAGCUUCUCAAGCGUGAGGAAAUCGUUUAGCGCCUCUAGUCUCCAAGAAACGAACUGUAACAGCAACGGUUCAUCGCUAUGGCCAACCUCCAAGUGGACCCUGAAACCUGAUUUACUCACACAAGCAGCCAUGGCGAGUUCUAUUUUUGAUGGAUUGCCUAAGCCUUUAACUGGUAGGAGAAUCAAAAAGGCUGUGGACUAAGAUUAGUUAGGUUCCCGUCCGUCUCGUUAUUGACUGCCCGUCCACUCCAAAAGCUAAAGAAGCCGAUAGCUUAUUUAGAUUGGUAAGUAAAUAGAAGUAAAAAGUGUAUUAUUAUUGCAUUUCAUUUUAUUAAAAACCAAUAAUGUAAUAGGUGGUGAAAGUGAAAGUCAAAUUAGGCAAUAAUUUUUUCUUAAAAUUCAAAAGAUUUCAAACAUUUUGAUUUGUUGUUGUGUGUUAGAUGAAUAAUGGAAUACCAGAAUAUUCAAACCUA